ACAUGAACAUACAUGACUUGAAACAUAGAACUUCAAACUUCUGUGCAGUGUUCACCAAGUAAAUUCCAUUUACCAAGAAACUGACUUUGUGGAAACCUGAACCACUAUGGCAUUGAACGCUGAUGACCUGAUGAGCUCUUACCGGCCCUACGGCCAUCACUGGCUAGACACUGCCAUCCAGGAAACACUAUUACCAGGAUCACCAUGGCAUCAGAUCUAUGAUAGGUUAAGCCAGGUCCUCGCCAAGAGGAUCCAACCAGAGUUGACUGAUAGAGAUAAAAGAGCAGCCAUCUUUGAUAUGCUUGGGUCAGGAUUCCUUCAGAAGUACCUCAGCAAAUGGAUGUGGGACAAGCCAACAAUGGACCAUGAAAGCUGCAGUCCUGAAGAAAGGAAAUUAAUCCUGCAGGCAACCCAGCUUCUGCUGAAAGAGAAACUAGACCAAGCAGCUACAGACUGUGGCUACCUAGUAUCAAAGAAUAAGACUGGUGACAGUUCCUCUCUCACCCUAUCAUCACCAUCUCCAGCACCAGUGCAGGUACCUGAAGAAGUGAUCGAUACCAUUUCCCACAUGGAUGCCGUUUUCAGAGCAGGAAUGCACAGAUACCUAGUGCAAGAAGGAAUGACUCUUCCUCCUAGCUCCAGCUCUGAUCCAUCUCAACCAACCACCAAGCCCCAGCUGACCAAUCUUCAUGAUGUCAAACCUAGUCUCAAUCACAGGGAAACCUCUCCUUUAUCCACUCCACCAUCCAAUUUAACCAAUAACCAUGACAACAGCUCCACACCCACCACCACUGUUCCGAAUUGCUGGGGUCAGACAAGUGACCUCCUGGGAAAGUCACUUUGUGCUAUCCUUCGUCGUGACCCUAGUCGCCUGGAUGAGGUAUGUAGGAGGUUGAUGGGUAGACAGCUACCAGGCAGUCUAAGGCAUAAGAUCUGGAAUGAGAUUAUGCUUAGGAAUUACAAAGAUACACAUCAAGGAGAGAAAAGCUCAGAAUGGUUUUUGAGACAAAACUUUGCUAAAACAGUGAUGAGAGGCAAGGCAGAGCUUGGUAUUACCACGACAACCAACUCCUCAAUCAAUGGUCUGCUAGAGACAGCAAUACAGGAGAAAUAUAGUAACACACCAUGUUUGUUGAAGCAUAGGGGACAGACAAUCCCCAAGCAUGCCAGGGAAGCCCUCAACAUUUUAUAUGUGUUUGAUAGAAGCUACCAACCUUACUAUAUCCAUUGGCUCUAUCCACUUCAUCUGGCCCUCAUAGAGAAAUCUCAAGGAGAUACACAAGGUGCUGAAGACCUUCCCUAUGAACUAGCUCUUCAGCUGCAUCUGCUUCGGAGCUACACCUUCCCUCGUUGGUCGGAAAUCUUGGCUGUGGCACAAGAUGUGAUGCAGGUCUUAGAGAAAGAAGACCCCAAUUUCUUCAACCAUCUUGUAAAGUGCAGCAAGACAAACGUCAAGCUUGACCCUAAGGAUUUCUUUGUGCAUCAGAUACAGGAGGAGCAACACAAAGCAUCAUCUCUAACAACUCAAGUCCAGCAUGAUCCUGCUGCUAUGGCAACAGGAAGUAAGGAAGAGAGGGAGAUGCUAGCAAGUCCUCUCAUGUUUCUCAGGAAAUGGCUUGGAGAGGGUUUUGUUGGUGUAUGUGACACCCAGGCAAUACUCUUCAUCUGGGACCAGUGUUUCAUGAGUGGAUGGAAUCACCAAGUCCUCUCCAGACUCUGUCUCUCACUCCUUCUGCUGCUCAGAAAGAACUUCAUGGAUACAGCACAGGACUACCAUGUCAUGAAACAGAUAUUUGUCAGUGAGCCAUGCAAACUGUACACCAAGGACAUACAAAAAGCAUUCCAACAUCUAGAGCAUGAGGGUAAUGUGACUAGUGUCCCUACUAUGAACAGACGUCCAGUGACCAAACCUGAGAGAAAACCCCCUAGUCCACCUGUGGCAUUUAACCCAUCUCACUAUGCACACCUUAUCCAUAGUAUACCUAUUAACAUUACUAAUAAACCACAAGGGACUGCCCUUCCAUUAGCCAAAGCCACUCCUCCUUCCACGGUCUCACCGACUUCCCAAGCCCCUCCUGUAUCUAUAGCUCCUCCUACUUCAGUAGCCCCUACUCCAUCCAUAGCCACACAGUCCAAGGUAUCCCUUCCUAUUACAAAGCCACACCCCAUGUCCCAAUCCUCACAUGAGGGAAGUCAGAGACAUAUACCAAGUAAUAGGUCAGGUCAUCUAGAGACUGAACCUUCUGGGGAUCAAGUUGAGGGUUCAGAAACCAGUCUCCAACAUGAAAGGAAAGAUGAUUCCCCAGGUCUCCCGUCCUCCUCACCACUGAUAGUGGAAGAACCAAUCUGGGUACCCUUUGACCCCAUGAAGUCAGCAAACCUACCAGAAGCACCUACUCUGAAGGAAGGCUUUGAUCUCUAUAUAGAUGCUGUACGUUUCCUGCCAGACAAUGCUACCAUAGUCAAGGUUACAGUCACUGGACGAUUCAAGACUGAACACGAGGGUAUGCCCUUUGACCUUAUGACCUUGCCUGACCUGACCUCUCUCAGUCGAUGUCCAAAGUUCACCUGGAGGGUAAAGAUUGCUAAAGGAAUAUUAGACCAGCUUGUUGAGAUACGAGUGUGGACUGUGGAUAGAUAUACCCAUCAGGUGGUUGUUCUAGGAGUCUGUCUUCUGAAGGUCUACAAUGACAAGACCAAAAAGCUAAACAUUGGAGGUCAUCAGAUGCGCCUUAGGUCGGGAUAUCCAGCAUCCCGCCCUCCUAUCCUACCGAGAUCUCUGGAUCAUUUACCAUCAAUUCCAGGUUCAUCGAUCCUUCUCAGAUUACUACCAUGUUCUGAGGAAUUCAUAGAUCCAUUACCCUACAUCAGUGGAUACUAUCAGUCUGAUCUUAGCAAACCAACAGAAUCAGAGAUCAAUGUGAUUGAACAUUACAAGGCAAAGCAGGAUUGGAAGAACAUGGUUAAAGAUUCUGCCUUGGAGCUGGCAAGAAGUGAAGACGACAGAGAAGCUAUCUCUACUAGCAAUAAGAAACAGGAUUCAGAAACCAAUGAUCAAUUGAAGGAAAACAAGAUGACCGACUCCUGGUCAAAAAUGUCUGAUGAAGAGAUAUUAACAUGGAUGACAAAGAGACUUGAAGCCAAACUCCUACCUUCACAGAAACUGCCUCCAUUGCUAGAGAUUGAAAGAUGUGUGGAUUAUGAAAGAGAUACAGGGGUAGCCAUCAAAGUAAGAGCAGCAUAUGGUUUGCAAGCUGAAAAGUGUUACAGCAUUGUACUGACCCGAAUACUGCCUGGUCCAGUAGCAUCUCAACCAAGCUUAGAGUCUGGGGAUAGUAGCCCUAGCAGGUUACUCUCAUUCUUGACCAAACAGACGGACCUGGACAGUCUCAUGAAGGCACCUAGGUGGAAGGACAAGGCCACGGUUUUGCGGCCAGUCUAUGAUGAACAGUCUGUGCUACUUCUUCAAUUCUUCAGCCUGGAGGUGGUAUACAAGGUUGAUCCCUCAGGUCGCACUAAAGGUGUAGUCCAUGCCCCAAAGGGAAAAGGUCAGCUUACGUUGAAUAACUCCUCCUCAAAAGGCUGGGGAUUGCUUCCAAUCUUUGACCGGAAUUGUGUCAUUCAAGGAACCUUCAUAGUGCCCAUCUUUCAGAAUGUUAAAGACAAGCCAUACCUGAAAGGUUUGAUGGAUUCCCCUAGCCUAGAAUCUUGGAUGAGGGUCUCUGUAGAGAAGAAACUGAUCAAGGUUCACCCCAGUCAUCCCUCGGCCAUCGUCUCCAUCUGGGAUGGUCACUACUAUCAGGGACAGAAUAUACCCCUACCGAGAAGAGACUAUUUCCUCCACAUUGCUGGUGACUUCAACAAGUUCUCAGGAACCUCUCAGGAUAAGACUGGCCAUCCUUUGAAUCAGAUCGUCCUUCGAAGCCUGCCCUCAGCAGUCCGUUCAGAAGGAACAAGAAGUGAACGGUACCUCAAAGAAAAGCAGAACUUUGAAGAAUUCAUGAACAACAUUGCUACAGAGUUGGUGGAAGAUGCCCUGUUAACAACUGGACAGGCCCCCUUGACGGCAGGCUCAUAGGAUGUAGAGAGAUAUCAAACAAGGACCAAUAUCUAAGAGGUUCAUUGACAUUUAUCCUCUGGAUUAAAUUUUUUCUCAUGAAAUCUUAACCCUAAAUAGACUGGGCUAUUUCGACACCUAAGAAGACUGGGGGGCUGAUUCAGC